UUUCCUCUUUAUAGACCCCUUAGACUGGAGCUGUGUGCACGUUCAGAAGUGGCUGCUCUGGACUGAGCACCUGUACAGGCUGCCUCAGGUCAGCGCAAUGUUUCAGGGGCUGAGUGGGAGAGAUCUGUGCUCCAUGACAGAAGCAGAUUUCAGACAACGCUCCUCGCAGUUUGGAGACAUGCUAUAUGCUCAUCUGGACAUCUGGAGAUCUGCUGUAGCAAUGAAGGACCGCUGCCCACCAGAGGACGGCAAAUCUGCUGAUGAUGAUUCCUGGUCAGACGUGAUGUGUAGCUACCCCACCCAGCCCAUCCACCUGUGGCAGUUCCUCCGAGAGCUGCUCCUCAAGCCUCAUAACUACAGCCGCUGCAUCCGCUGGCUCAACAAAGAGAAAGGAAUUUUCAAAAUAGAAGACUCAGCUCACGUGGCCAGGCUAUGGGGCAUCAGGAAGAACCGCCCGGCCAUGAACUAUGACAAACUGAGUCGCUCUAUACGCCAGUACUACAAGAAGGGCAUCAUCCGAAAGCCUGAUGAAUCACGCAGGCUGGUGUACCAGUUUGUCAACCCUGUAUGAUGAAGAAGAUCGGCCGAUCAGAGCUGAAUGAGCUGAGGGGCAACCAAAGAUAUGCUGGACAUACAGUGCGAGUAAUAUGAACUCUGAAGCUCGCUCACUGAUGUUUCCUUUCGAUUGUAAAGACUGCCUACUGAAACAUGCACUCCUGCCUAUCAAUCUCACUCUAUAAGUCUUAAAACUGGAUAUUAUUUUAUUUGUUUGUCUUUAGCACUCAUGUUUGAAAUGCGUUUUUGGGGUGCUGUUUGGUUUCUCAAAGGACACAUACUGUAUUUAUUCUUCUCAUUGGGAAAACUUUAAAGGAAUAUUUUCUCA